AACCCUGGUGCUCAGAGGGUUUGGGGCUCUAUGGGCUAAAGCCUAUGAGUUUGAAACCAUCAGGCAGGGUGUGCCUGAGGCUGCCUCUUGCCUCGAAGAUCUGUCCAGAGUAAAGGCGGGGCUGAGCUACUCCACAGGUGCCUUGGAGCCGCUGCCGCUGCCGGGAAUAGAGUAGACCUGGGCUUUGGACCUGAGCUCCGUGAAGGGCAGAGGUAGCAGCUGGAUUCUUCGGUACUGAAUGGGAAGAGGAGAAUGGCGACCUCACUCUUCCUUGUCAUCUGACCAUGAGUAUGGGAAGCCAAGCGCAUGCAGUUGCCCAGGUCUUCAGGAGAGGGGCUUAGUGCACACGGGGCCCGCUGUGGUUGGUAUUUGUGGACUUCUAAGGCUGGCCACUCAGAACUGGGAAUCUACGCCACGUUUGGUCAGGGACACUGUGAAUCCUGGUUUUUUGUUCCCGUCGUAAUGUACUGUCCAAAAACCACUGACCAGAACAAUUGUCUUCUGAGGCCCAUCCUAUGAAUGAGCCAUGGUGGCCUACCCUGUAACGUCCACUGGCUCAUUUCCCAGAAUUCUCUGGACCCUCCUUCUCCUGGCUGCCUCCCUGAAUGCCCAUAAUCAAAAUUGGGACAACCCCGUAUGCACCAAACCGGAAGUGUCCGCUCUCAGAGGUAGCUGCGUGCUGAUGGCUUGUAACAUCUCCCACACCUUCAAAGACGUCACCAUUGAGCUAACUGCCAAUGGAAAGACCAUGACCAUCUUCUACAAAAAGCCUCCAGGAAACUACUUUAAAGAUCCAUGGCACCUCCAGAUUCAAGGAGGCCAUGCCCAACUGGUGAUCACAGGUGUCCAGGACAUCCACGCAGGGGCGUACCUGUGGAGGCUGCAUGGACUCCAGAGAAAAGACGAAAACUUGACCCUGAAUGUUACUGAACCCCGAGACCAGGAAGGCUCGAAAUGUGGAAAACUCUUCACGUUCUCCAAUUCCAAAGACCUAGACACCACCGACCGGAAGCCAGAGAGCUUGCAAGUCAAUGCUGAGCCCCCAUCUUCAGUGAGCAACGGGGUCAUCGUCGCCAUUGUCAUCAUUAGCAGCGUGAUAAUAGGAGCCAGUGUGUAUGCCUGCUGCAAGUGCUCCCGUUCCCCGAAGUACCACAGAUAUGAAAUGCCAGGGCCUGGUCUGACUCAUGGGUUUCCUGGCGGUCCCCACUGGACACUGCCUAAGGUCUUCCACGUCCUGCAGCAAAAGAAGGUGAUUUUGCUGCACGGUGCUUGUGGAGGUGAGAAGAGAGCGUUGGAUCCCCUGAAACCAGAGCUACAAACGGUUUGAACCACCACAUGUGUGCUGGAAACGGAAACCAGGUCCUUUGCAAGAGAAGCAAGUGCUCUUACUGCCUAGUCCUUUUCUCCAGCGCCUAAAGAUUCUUCUUCUUGUUGUUGUUUUGUUUCGUUUUUGGAGAGAGGGUUUCUCUGUGUAUCUCUGGCUGUCCUGGAACUCACUCUGUAGACCAGGCUGGCCUUGAC